AACAACGAGAUAGCCAGCCCCCUCCUGGCCUCCAAAAUUAAAAAAGGGAAAAAUGGAAAAAGAAAGCAAAAGCUGAAUUUUUUUUUUUUAAUUUUUUAGAAAGAGAUAUUUAUAAAAGAAAGCUGAGGUAACCGAAAGUAAUACCUUCCUAGCUCCUACCUCCUUUUCCUUCUCUCUCUAUCUCUCCGUCUCAGCCCUCAUCCCUCAACUCUCACUUCUCACUACACUCUACACAAACUUGUUCUCAUUCAACAUCCAUCCAUCAGGUUGGCGUUGGCGUUGGCGUUGGCGUUGGCCGCCGCUCACCAGCGCAAGCUAAGUCACGAAAUUAAAUAAUUCCCAUGAUAGCCAAUACCUCCCCAUCGUCUCUUCCUUCCUCCGAACCUUUUUCUUGCUUAGAAAAUGGAAACAGCAACGUUAGCAAGAGGAAGAGAAGACCCGCGGGAACCCCAGAUCCGGAUGCAGAGGUGGUGUCUCUGUCCCCAAAAACGCUGCUAGAAUCGGAUCGGUACGUGUGUGAGAUCUGCAACCAGGGAUUUCAGCGGGACCAGAACCUGCAGAUGCACAGGAGGAGGCACAAGGUGCCGUGGAAGCUGCUCAAGAGGGAGACGCCGGUGGUGAGGAAGAGGGUUUUCGUGUGCCCGGAGCCCACGUGCUUGCACCACGACCCAUGCCACGCCCUCGGGGAUCUGGUUGGCAUCAAGAAGCACUUCAGAAGGAAGCACAGCAACCACAAGCAAUGGGUCUGUGAAAAAUGCUCCAAGGGCUACGCCGUCCAAUCCGAUUACAAGGCCCAUCUCAAAACCUGCGGCACCAGAGGCCACUCUUGCGAUUGCGGCCGCGUUUUCUCAAGGGUGGAGAGCUUUAUAGAGCACCAAGAUGCUUGCAAUAUGGGGCAUCUCCGGGCAGAAUCCCAAAGCCUCCAAGCCGCCGCAUGUUUGUCCCGAACAGCCUCCAGCCCCAGCCCCUCCAGCGAUACCAACUUCAGCAGCGGCCCCAAUUGGUCUGCCGCUCUCAUACCGCCACCUCCCACUUUGAAGCACCCACCUCCAGCUGCCCCUACCCACGACUCCAACAACAGCAUUAUUAUUAAUAAUAAUAAUAAUAAUAAUAGUAAUGCCUGCGCCUCACCCUUAUAUCACAAUUUAGACCUCAAACUCUCGACUACAUCAUCAAACGCUGUCGACGCUUCCUCAAACAGAUCAUCGCCCAGUAAAGGGAAUAACAACAACAAUAAAGGUUCUUCAACCCAACUGCAACUUUCCAUUGGUUCGUGUGACUUUAGUUGUUCUCCAGGAGAAGGGGAAGAUAAGGCGGUGGCAGCGGACGUUAGAGAAGAAGCUCGGGAGCAGCUGAGGGUGGCGAUGGCAGAGAAGGAGUACGCGGAGGAAGCAAGGCAGCAAGCGAAGCGUCAAAUCGAAAUGGCAGAGCAAGAGUUUGCGAAUGCGAAGAGAAUGCGGCAGCAGGCGGCGGCCGAGUUGGACAAGGCUACAGCUCUUAAACAAGCAGCAAUCAAACAGAUCAACUCAACCAUUCUUGAGAUCACUUGUCAAGCUUGCCGGAAGCAAUUUCAAGCCACCGCAACGGCGGAUCAUCAUGACAACUCCUUGGCAUUCAGUUAUGUGUCCUCCGUCAUAACAACCGAAGGUGAAGUAGACAAACAUCAUUCAACCCUUAUACCUAAGCCCACCAAUAAUUAACCCUACCCAUCAUUUCACAUAUAUUCUAUUCUAUUACAUUAUAUAUAUGGCUUAUCCUUUUCUAAUUUUUUUCCUUCCAUUUUCUCGGUGAUAAAUAAUCCCUUUUUUUUGUUGGGUAUUUGUUUUUGUUUCUAGUCAAUAAUGAAAAUAUACAAAAAGAGUGCUGUGAUAUUCUAGGUAGCUCUCAAGUGGAGUAGUGGAAGAUUGGAGUGUUGUAUGUAGGUGUUGCAGUUUGUGCUUUAAUUAUUUGUAAUUCUUUUCCCCAUCCGCUAGUUUGCUGAAUUAGUACUCAUUAUUAUAUUGCGGA